GAAUUUUAUUGUUGUAGGUUAGUUUUACCCUAUUUUGAGUGAAUGACGAGGAAGUUUCUGAUUUUUGUUGCUGCUUCUGUUCGGUGGAGCAGAGAGAAGAAGGGCACCGACAGAGGAGAUGAGGAAGAGAAGGAGGGCAGCGAUGGAGGAGAUGAUGAGGUAGAUGGUGAAGAUCGGCGGAACAGAAGAAGUGCAGUGACAGAGGAGAAGAUCGGCGGACGAUCGGUGGAAGAGAAAUUGGCGGACGAUCGACGAAGAGAAGAUCGGCGAAGUGGCGGACGAUCAGCGGAAGACCCUUCUGUAGUUCUGUUGGUACUUGGUUCCUCUUGAAUCUGGGUUUUCUACUCUGCUCACCGGACCUUCGAACCCAGAACCCAUGACUCGAGUGUUUGAAGACAAACACUCAGCCAGUAGGACUGGGAAGAGGCCGGUCCUGAAUCUGGGUUUUGCAAUUUGUUUCCAGACUUUCCAGUUUCCACUGUCCCGAGCUGCUUGUGAUUUUA